CGAGGCCCCGCCUCUCGUCCCCCCCACCCCUCAGCUGAAUAGGCUGCGUUCUUUUGGAACGCACCGCAGAACGGGGUUCUGGAGACUGUAGCAUCGUUCGCUCCUCAGUCCUUUUGCUUACCCACCGCCGUACCCGGCAGAUCCACCCUCCUGUGCCAGCCCGGGUUCUCCUGCCCUCCAGCCUGAGCUCUGCCAGUGAGCUGCGCCACGCAGCAGCUUCGUGCGCUGAGUCAUGGCGGAGGAGGAAGCAAGAUGAGAUGGAACACCAGACCCCUCUUUUAUUUUUAUCUUUGCAAGGACUCCCCCCUAUGGAAACAUUAGGGUCCCAUUGCCUAUUCAGGGAUCCCAAGCAGCGAUGGGCAAGGUGACCCAUGGCAACGCGCAGGCCAGAUGGGUCCAGCUUCAACAUGACCCGCCUGUCCCUGGCUCUGGCUUUUUCCUUUCCCCCAGUUGCCAGUGAGCAACCCCACUCUCAGCUGGGCAACACCCAGCAACAGACAGAGUUAGGAAAGGAACGCGCUACCACUGGCACCAUGCCCUACCCAUACCCAGCACUGACCCCGGAGCAGAAGAAGGAGCUGGCUGACAUCGCUCAUAGAAUUGUGGCUCCGGGCAAGGGCAUCCUGGCUGCAGAUGAGUCCACCGGAAGCAUUGCCAAGCGGCUGCAGUCCAUUGGCACCGAGAACACCGAAGAGAACAGGCGCUUCUACCGCCAGCUGCUGCUGACGGCUGAUGACCGUGUGAAUCCCUGCAUUGGGGGGGUGAUCCUCUUCCACGAAACACUGUACCAGAAGGCCGAUGAUGGACGUCCCUUCCCCCAAGUUAUCAAGUCCAAGGGCGGUGUUGUGGGCAUUAAGGUAGAUAAAGGCGUGGUGCCCCUGGCAGGAACCAAUGGUGAGACCACCACCCAAGGGCUGGAUGGGCUGUCUGAACGCUGUGCCCAGUAUAAGAAGGAUGGAGCUGACUUUGCUAAGUGGCGUUGUGUGCUAAAGAUUGGGGAACAUACUCCCUCAGCCCUUGCCAUCAUGGAAAAUGCCAAUGUUCUGGCCCGUUACGCCAGCAUCUGCCAGCAGAAUGGCAUUGUACCCAUUGUGGAGCCUGAAAUCCUCCCUGAUGGGGACCAUGACCUAAAGCGCUGUCAGUAUGUAACUGAGAAGGUACUGGCUGCUGUCUACAAGGCUCUGAGUGACCACCAUGUCUAUCUGGAAGGCACAUUGCUGAAGCCCAACAUGGUCACCCCAGGCCAUGCCUGUACCCAGAAGUUUUCCAAUGAGGAGAUUGCCAUGGCAACUGUCACAGCGCUUCGUCGCACAGUGCCCCCUGCUGUCCCUGGGGUCACUUUCCUGUCUGGAGGGCAGAGUGAGGAAGAGGCGUCCAUCAACCUCAAUGCUAUCAACAAGUGCCCACUGCUGAAGCCAUGGGCCUUGACUUUCUCUUAUGGCCGAGCCCUGCAGGCCUCUGCUCUGAAGGCCUGGGGUGGGAAAAAGGAGAACCUGAAGGCUGCCCAGGAGGAAUACAUCAAGCGAGCCCUGGCCAACAGCCUCGCUUGUCAAGGAAAGUAUACCCCAAGUGGUCAGUCUGGAGCCGCAGCCAGUGAAUCUCUCUUCAUCUCUAACCAUGCCUACUAAGCAGAGUUGACCUAAGGCUGCCCCAUCGACACUCCAGCCCCCUGCCUACCCACUUGCUAUUCAAGAGGGGCCUUCAGGCACUUUCCCAUCACUCUUCUGCUGCCCUCGUGACUGGUGUGUGGUGUCGUCUGUGAAUGCUAAUUCUGCCAUCCCUUCCAGCCCACUGCCAAUAAACAGCUAUUUAAGGGGGA